CCUUCAAACGACCAUGAGCUGUUUUGUCAUCCACUGCUUCCUCAGACUAUCACCGGGAACCAAGCUAAUGUUAGCUGGAGAGGCUAGCCGUAAUUGCAGCUAACAAGCUAAUCUUAGCUAGAAUACAUUGCGCUAUUAUUGCGGAUUUAUUGAAGUGGCUCGAUGACCGUCGAGUUAUCAAGCUGCACAUUUCUUGAUGGUUACCGGGAUUGAUAUCCUUCAGACGAGAACUUAUCCUCUCCAUUGGGUAUCUUACUCGUCAUGUCCUCACAGCAAGGCAACAGUUCAGCCUCCAACAGCCCCACCAGCAUCUUGGGUUCUCCCUUCUCAGUAAUCAGUUCCUCACUUAACUCCCCUGUGGUCUCACCCACUCUGGGAUUUGGACCCAUCAGCAGCAGUCAGAUCUCUUCUUCAGCAGGGAUGCACUCAAUCAGCAGCUCAGAAGAUGUCAAGCCUCCGUUUGGCCUGAGGCCCAUGCCAUCUCACAGCCCUGGGAUAAUGAUGUCUCAGAAACGCAUGUGUGUCAUCUGUGGAGAUCGCUCCUCUGGCAAGCACUACGGAGUGUACAGCUGUGAGGGUUGCAAAGGUUUCUUCAAACGAACUGUGCGCAAAGACCUUAGUUAUACCUGCAGAGAUAACAAAGAGUGCCUGGUCGACAAACGCCAGCGCAAUCGCUGCCAGUACUGCCGCUACCAGAAGUGCCUGGCCAUGGGCAUGAAGAGGGAAGUGAUCAAACAUGUAAAGUGGAUUAAAGAAGAUGGAAAAGAUGAGGGAUGGAUGACGGUCCAGGAGGAGCGCCAGAGGAACCGCGAGCGAGAAGGAGAGCUGGAGUUCAGUAUGGGCGUGAAUGAGGAGAUGCCCGUGGAGAAGAUUCUAGAGGCAGAGACCGCUGUGGAGAAGAAGACGGAGCUUCACUCUGACGAUGGCUCCGCUGGCAACUCUCCCCAUGAUGCAGUUACCAACAUCUGCCAGACUGCAGACAAACAGCUGUUUGCUUUGGUGGAGUGGGCGAAGAGAAUCCCUCACUUCUCUGAGCUGCCCCUCGACGACCAGGUCAUCCUCCUGCGUGCAGGGUGGAAUGAGCUCCUCAUCGCCUCGUUCUCCCACCGCUCCAUCGGUCUGAAGGACGGAGUUCUCCUGGCCUCUGAGCUGCAGCGGGACAGUGCACACAGCGCGGGAGUGGGGGCCAUUUUUGACAGGGAGAGUGUGCAGAGUGCAGAGGUCGGCGCCAUAUUUGACAGGGUUCUCACGGAGCUCGUCAAUAAAAUGAGAGAUAUGCAAAUGGACAAAACAGAGCUGGGCUGCCUCCGAGCCAUCGUCCUCUUCAACCCAGAUGCUAAAGGGCUCUCCAACACCGGGGAGGUGGAGCUCCUUAGAGAAAAGGUCUAUGCAUCAUUGGAGUCCUAUUGCAAACAGAAAUACCCCGAGCAGCAGGGAAGGUUUGCGAAGCUCCUCCUGCGACUGCCAGCACUGCGAUCUAUCGGCUUGAAGUGUUUGGAGCAUCUCUUCUUCUUCAAGCUGAUUGGUGACACGCCUAUUGACACUUUCCUAAUGGAAAUGCUUGAAGCUCCCCAUCAGUUGUCUUAGAUAGGAUAUGCGUACUGUGGUUAGGUUUAGAAAGCUGGAGUGGGACUGGAGUGGCACUUUAAGUUAUUUGAAGAUUUGUCAAUUUGUCUCACUGCUGUCUGCGUUACACUAUUUCAGUGCAGCACAGAUUCGCUCUUUAGACCAAACCCAAGGCUUGGCAUGAUCUACAAGCUGGUGCUAAAUGUUGAAAUAACUUCAUGAGUAACUAUGGUUUGAAAAAAAACAAAAAAAAAGUAUUUUUAAAAAUGUAAACAUUUACAUAUUUCCGUCACAGGAGCUAUCAUUUGGGUAAACAUUUUUAUAUAAGCUUUUUAGACACCUCCAACACCAAGGUUCAGUUAAUUCUCCAACUGAACUGAGCCCCAAACCUAUUUUUUAAAAGGAAGGCAACCUGAAUCAUGUGUAUGCGUUAAGGAUGUAUUCUUCUUUUUAUCAUUUGUAAUUGAAGCCAGCUCUAAAACAUGAUGUAUUGUACAGUCACCAGGUACUGUGUCCAACAACAGCUCUAAGUUUACUUGUAUCAUUGCAGAAGAUAAAAUCCUGACAGUAACCCUGCGAUAGAAGACAGGUCAGUGUUUGAAUCAGCCGGGGCCGACUUGUCUGUGUUGAUUGAGGAUCAGCUUUAUGUGUCUGGUAAUAUACAGUUAGUGUUGUUUACUUCUUUGCCAUUUUAUAAAUCUAAUCACGUGGUGGUUAACGAUUAAACUGCACUGCACACUUGCUAUGUACUAUUUCUAAAACACACUUAAAAAACGCCUUGCCUCUGAAUAGUUGGGCGUUUGUCUUUUGGUGCUAUUUCAGUAAUAAUUUGACAAUAUCGGUGCAGAUGCACGCCAAACCACAAACCUAAGAAAAUAUGCAAAACUAAACAAAUCCCUUUGUUAAUCCUUGUUCAAAUGUAGCAAUAUAAAAUGUUAACUGCAUAAGAGCUUUCUGCCUGUCAGUCAUUCAGGGGUUUUACUAAGUAAAUCAUGUCUGGUGGAAAGGGAAUACUCCAUUUUGUAAUUUAUCUAUACAAUUCAAAGGUACUGUGCAAAAGUAAUUGUUCAGGGAAAAAUGUAUAUUGAUAAAUUGGAAUUAUGAUCAGGAUAUACAAAUUAUAUAAUUCUUAAUAUGUGCCCUUGUUUUUAGUUUUCAGCUAGUAUAAAGCAGAACAUGUCUUGGGUUGCACUGGAUUUGCUGAGACUGUUUCAGCUGAUUUUUAUUUUUUGUGCUUUUUAUUUUGAUGCUCAAUUGUAUUUUCCAACCUCCCCCCCCCCCUCCUUUUUGUAGGUAGCUGUCUUGUUCAUUGUUAUAUGUCUCUGCAAUUUAUUAAAAGCAAACCAUAAUCACAUUUAAGACCAAAUGAGGUCUGUAUGAUGGCCAUGUGUAAACCCCAGAUGAGCUGUAUUGGAAGCUCGUCGUCGACCUCUAUCUGCUCUCAAACAUAAAGUGACUUGAAGCAUGGGUUGUGUGGACUGAAAAUAAAGAGGCGUAAGUUUU